GCACUGCCAACUUCACCAGGUCCAUUAAGUCAAGAAAUGAACUUACUUCCUGUGUAUACCUCUGGCCAGCUGGAUGUAAACAAAAUCCUAGGGCUUAAAGGGUGUACAAGUGUGUGCGCGUGUGUGUAUGCGCACCACGAUCCCCUGCCUCCUCUACUCCCUCCAUCUCCUCUCCCUUCCUGGAAGAAUUCCGCCUGUGGCCACUAGAGGGCCGUUCUCUUCACACAGUCGCUGCUGUGCAGUUUGUUCGGCUUAUUUAUUCCUACGUGAGCAGACCCACUACACUUCUUGCAUAUAAACAGUGAAAAUUACAAUAUAAAGACUUAUUUUUUUCCUUCUUUCGGAGUUAUUCUGCUGCUGGUCAAAGCCUGGCUUGUUGUGCAAGGAAGGGGGGACAUCUCCGGCAGGUAAUCCCACUGCUUCAAGGUGCUCCCUAGCUGCUCGAAAAGACUGCCGAGUCUUGGCUGCUGGCCCCACAGACCAAGUGAAUGCUGUUCCUGGCCUAACGUCCCGAGGCGCAGACGUGGCUGACUCGGCCCACAUGUGAACCUCAGCUAAGACAUCACAACAGGGCACUCCGUCUCCCUGAACGCCCUCUGUUGCCUCCAUCCUACUGGGUUUUGUGAGGCUGUUUAGGAAAACAACGGAAGAAUGUGGAAACAGCAUGAAAGGAAAUAAUGGCCCCAAAGGAGGACUCUGGGAUUGACAUCAGUGCAGACACCCCCUCAGGAACAUCAUGUGUCACCAAAGUAGCAACUUCCCCGGUCACUUAUUUUUUCAGCUAUUUACAUGCUAUGGCAAGAAGAUGUGUCUGAGCUUUCCCUAGUUUGACACUGAAACUUGCUGCUCUGGAAAGGAACCCGUAUGUUCUGAAUGUAGCAGGUGUUUGGGGGGCUCUCUCUUUGGGAGUGUGCUGUGAUUCCCCCAAAUGGUACUUUGGUGGUCUUUUUCUUCAAGACAGCCAGCUUCUCCCAGGAUCAGAACAGCGCUCCUGACCUGCCCUGGUGAGCAGCCCCCAGCUCUCUUGGUAGAUCCGAUGUCUAAUAGUUAGCCUCAUCACUGCUUCUCUACGUAGCCGUCAUGACUGCCGUGGAAUAACAUCGGGACGGUGGGGGAAGCUUUCAUAGAGCUCCUAAGUGGAACCACAGGCUGGGAAUGGCCGACAGGGCUUCCUAUCCUAAGAGGGGAGGGCCACUCCAUCCUGGCCGGCAGUUCUCUUUGCCUGAGAUGCCGUCAUUCGAUGCUGCUCCAAAGACCUAAGGGAGAUGUGUGCCAGAGAAGUGUCUGGUUCUGUUCCUUCCCACUGAGGCUCAAUGGCCCAGCCAACUAUGAAAGUGAGACCCGUGCUCCUGAAGCGUAACAGCCUAGAGUCGGUGGAGCUCGUAAAGCCACCUCACCACCGCAGGAGCAAAUCCCAGCAGGUGCGGUUCAAGGACGAUGGGACCACUAAGAACCCAACUGGCCUAGCUGAGGCGGACACCCAGGCUCCCGAAGACCCAACUGGGAUGGGGAAGACACCAGCACCCAAGCAUCAUCACCCCCCUGCCUACUCGCUGUCCUUCCCCAGGUCCCAGAAGGCCGGGGGGGUUCGGAACAUUGCGAUCCAAACCUCCCCCAGUCUCAGGAAGCAUUUCCCAGUUUUCAAAAGGAAGAAACUGACAGCCAGCAAGUCCCUGGUGGAAAUGCCCACAGCACCCCCAAGUGCCAUCCAGGUCAACGGCAACCUCUCGGAACAGGACAUUGUGUCCUCUGACCUUGCCUACCUAAGGCUGGCUCAGCACCUGGAGGAUGGACCUCGAAGGGUCAAAGUGUCCCACCCAUUCCUGCCGAGGGUGUCCAAGGUGCAAAGCAACGGGCCUCUUAGCAUAUGCUUAGAAGCUGGGUCUUGGAGGGCCUCAGAGAAAGCUGCAGCUGCCAUUCAGGUCCCAGAUGAUUUUUAUCACGGUCCUUCCUGGGAAGCGAGAGCGUCCACGCUCAGCCCAGGUGAGUCAACUGAGAGGAGCAACUCGAUACCCCCUUUGAUUGACGUGUGUCCAGGGGAGGGGAGAAGGGUGCUGAUAUCAGAUUCAGAAAGAUCUCCCUCUGGCUUGGCUGCCACCAGUGGUGCCAGCUAUCCCCCAGGCACAGAGAAACUCAAGCACGAAUUGCUUUUGCCCAAAGACAACUGUGAGGACAGAGACCUUGGCCUGCUGUCAUCUCAGUCAAAGGACACAUGCGUCCCUUCAUCUCCACAAACUCACAGCUCCCCUGCACCAGGGUCCCACAGCCAACCCACCCAUCCAGAAAGAGACUCAGACUGUCCUGCAUCGGAUGACAGUCACCAGGACCUGGGGGCAUGCAAAACUAGCAGUGCAUCAAAGUCUGCCCCUGGGUGUAAGGAGCAGCCGGCAAAGAACCCCACCCAACCAGACACCCUGGAAUUUCAGAACUGCCCAGGAAACAAUCCCCUCCCCUCUUCUCUUCCAAGGAGUGAGAGCAAACCUCAGAGCAACAGGGAGAUUAGUGACAUCAAUCAAAUACACCUGGCACGGGGUGAACUCUGCGACCUCCAAGGUCGGCUGCAAUCUGUGGAGGAAUCGCUACACUCCAACCAAGAGAAAAUUAAGGUCCUUUUGAAUGUAAUUCAAGACUUGGAGAAAGCUCGAGCUCUUACUGAAGGGCGCAACUUUUAUCGAACUGGCCAAGACCUCAACAACUGCAGUACCUGCCAGAACACAGCGUGCAUCAUAUACAGAACAGAGGAAUGCUGUUGCUCAAUACACCUUGCUAAGUCGAGAAGCAAUUUGAAGAGCAAGGCCCAGUACACCAGCAGUGCUGGUGAUAAUGACGAUGCCAGCAACAGGGGCAAAAGCAGGAAGGCUGGCCCCAUGCAGGGCACUGCUCUGGGUACAUCAUCUGUAUCAUCUCACCUUACACAUGCCACCUCCCAAGAAGGUGCCAUUAUUGCCUCCAUGUCACAGAUGAGGAAACCGAGUGUAGAGUAUGAUUUUCGGCAGCAGGAAGGAAGGUUCCAUGAAGUUCUGCAGAGUCUAGAGGAAGUGGAACCAGUUGAGGAAACAUCUUCCCCACCAAAGUCCCCAGCAGAACCCCCGGCCCCUGAGAAACAGGAUCUGAGGCGGAAAACCAAGAAGGUGAAGAGGAAGUGCUUCUGGUGGAUCUGAGCUCUUGAGGUCACCCUCCAAGCUCCCGCCUUUCUGUCUGAGCCUCCCGGGCUUCUUUGCCAAGGCCCGGGCUGGGAGCCCUUGACCUGUGUGGCCGCUGCUGGACACUCAAUCACCCACCCGAUCUGAGUGUGUGCCGCUGCUUGCUGAGGACUUCACAGACUCUGGUGUGACCACGAGCUGAGUUCCCUGUCACACAUGGCCAGGCCUCGUCCCCAUCUGCUACAUCCAGAUUCCCCCCACGGGCAAAACUCCCACGGCACUUUCCCACACCGCCAUGAUGCUGAGCACGUCAUCCCGUCCUGAUCUCAUGAACUCAGAAGGAAAAAAAAAAAAGAAAAAAAGAAAGAAAUCCUGUGCAGAGCAGGAAGAUAGAGGAGGGUUAUAAGCAGGUAUCCUGGGGAAAAAUCAGAUGAAAACCCCAGGAGUUUCCUAGCUGUCAGCGCACAUGGGCACGAGAGAAAUGCAAGGUCAUCCUAACACAUUGGGGUCCUUUUCAUUUUUAUUUAGCCACUCCAUCCCAAACCAAGGAGCACUGUCACACGGUGUGGGCCUUCAGUCCAUGCAGAGUAAGUUCACCCCAGGGUAUCCAAGACUUGUUAGUGUGGCCGUCCUGGGUGACUGGAAUUCAAAGAGAGUUACUGACACUGUAGUGUUUAAACUUAUCAAGCAUCUCUGCCCGGCCUCAGGCUGCCUGGAAAGUGGGUGGAACCCAGUUGGCAUUUGACCUUUGAGAUAGCAAUUAAUUCUCCUGCAACAUCAGAGGGCAGGAGACUCUGCAGCCUCUCAGUCACAUCUUAUCUGUGACGUAUAGAAGGUGAACCUGAGAUACAACACUCCUUCUCAUCCAUGCAUUCCUGUGCCGGCCUCGUAGCUAGGAAAACACACACCAUUCCACUUGGUCUCCCUUCCCGGAAACCAGGCAACGGUCACCUGAUUGAAGAGGCAGCAGGACUGGGCAUGAGGAUAUACAUUUCUCCAUUCUAGCAUUGAAGGCCUUCCCUUCCCAAAAUCUGAGUUCUUUGGAUCUGGCUCUUUCUUUUGACAGGACCCCUCUACCUGGGGAGUCCAGGCAAACUCGUAUGGCUGUGUCAAGCCCUAACUUAGAAGGAAGUAAUUGUUGCAUACUCUUGAGGCUGAGGGGUAGGGUGGCAAGGCUCAGAUUCGUACACAUUAAACUCCUUGCUGGCCUGUGGUUGGAUUGAAGCCACAGAAAUGAGUCCUAAAGCUAACUCAGCUUUAAAUGAGGAAGGCACUUCAGGGACCCUUGGCCCAGGACCCAGGGUCUCAGUGAAAGCCUUGGUAGUGCACGGCAUCCCGUGUGUACAUGGGACGUGUGUGCCCUGCUGCCAACCGAAGCUAAUUGAGCAAACCACCCUGCAGCUUCACCUUCCCCUUCCCCUCUGAAAGGCCUGCAGUGCACAAAGCUAUUUCAGGGAGAGUGAGAGGGAAAUUUGGCAAGGAAUCUCAGCUUGCACUAUUUAAGUCUUUGAAUGUCAUUCAAGAUGCUCUUGUUCUGCUUCUAGUAUAAUGUUUAAACCCACAAAAUGAGACCGGAAUACAUAACGUCAAGUUAGAAUUAAGAUAAAUGCACUUGUCAUACUUAAGAAACCACAUUUCAAUAAGACAUGCUACCACUGGCUACAAGCCACCGAUCUCUCUGUCUGUAUCCAUACAGUCUGCUCUCAGUGGGCCCCAGCAAUGGAAAAGAACAGCGCAGAGGAUAAUCCAAUAGGGCAAAAUCAUUUGAGAUCUCUUAUGUAAUUUUCUCUUGUAGUAGAGUUUCCAUCUUAAUUUGGUUUGCUUACGCUAAUUUCAAAUGAAUUUAUAUUCUUGGGCAUCAUGUUGGAAUGGAAAUAAGCCUGUUUCCAGAAUUAAGACACCCAGGCAACAGAGCAGUCUAUUCCACUAACCUUGUGCAAGUUGCUUAACUUUUCAGGGCCUGUUUGUCCAUCCUUGAAUGGUGAGAGUGCCUGCUUUACCUACUCUGCAAGAUCCGGGCAACUUCCAACUUCAAAUGAACUCACUCAGCUAGCGAGAGCAUUUGCCCCAGUGAGCCUGGGAGAAUACAGCUCACACAAAAUUAAGAAGCUCAUGGCAUCACAAACAUAUCCAGUUGGGGACCUUGCAUCAACCCUCAACUGAAUUAAAUGAAAUCAGAACUGAAAAAUGUUGAUGUUUCCAGAAAUAAAACCAACUGAGGCUCUACUGAUUCUAUACCAAAGCACAACACUGCAUUGCUUGGGCCACCCACCUGAAAAUGAGACGGAGGUCCCUUCUGAAAAUCAAACAUUCAAAAUCAUUAUGAGGAAAAAGGAUUUGAUAAACACCUUCCUGCCGGACAAAAAGGAUUGUUUCUGUGCUUAAACAACUACACAUACAUACACCAAAACUCUACGUUCACCUCCCCAUUGCAGACCGCUACUCCUUGUAAAGUAUUGGUGACAUCGACCAUGAUAUUCUACAGAAAUGCUUCACUGGAGGCGAUAUGGUUUUGUGGAGAAAGAUUAACUUAGCAAAAAUUGCUUUUAUAAAACUGAAGGGGAAAAGAUUGAUACAUCAACUUAAAUCGCAGGAAUUUAUGUAGCCGCUUUCUCUGUAGUUAAACAGUGCGUACUGCUGCCCUGGAUCUCCGUACCUGCUCCCGUAUAGAGCAUCUUCUUAAAGACAAUGUACUAAUGUAAGGUUUUGUAAAUUUCUAAACCGUUUUAAAUGGAAUAUUAUCUUUUGCAAUAAACUUACAUAUUUUUC